ACCAAGGCGGCACAGAGAAUAUGAGGGACAAUAAUGAGAGAGAAAGCGGCGGGGAGAUUAAGUACCGCGGCGUCCGGAAGCGGCCGUGGGGGAAGUUCGCGGCGGAGAUUCGAGAUUCUGCCCGCCAGGGCGCCCGGGUUUGGCUGGGGACGUUUAACACGGCGGAGGAGGCGGCCAGGGCUUAUGACAGGGCGGCUUACGCCAUGAGAGGUCACCUCGCCAUCUUGAACUUCCCGGAGGAGUAUAAUUUGCCCAGAACUUCUUCACAUUUUUACUCGGCAUCGGCAUCCGCCUCGGCGUCGUCUUCUUCUUCAUCUUCACGGCAAGAGAGAGAGGUUCUAGAGUUCGAGUAUUUGGAUGAUAAGCUUCUAGAAGAGCUUUUGGAUUGUGAUAAAGAGGAUAAUAGGAAGAAGAGGAAAGAUUAAUUGAGGUUAAUCAGCUCUACCCCCCUCUCCCUCCCUGCAUGGCAUUUCUGACACCUUAUAGUUUAGUGGCAUAAGGACGAGAUUCUUUAUAAAAAAUCUCGAAAAGUAUUCAGACACCUUAUAGUCUAGUGGCAUAAGUGCGGGAUUCUUUAUAAAAGGUCUCAAAAUCGGUAUCGUUUAAAGCUGGGAGGUACUUGGAGCACCCAAAAAAAAUUGAUAUGCUCCAUGCAUUAGCCUUUAAAGUUUUAUCUUAGCUUCUCUUUACCCUUCAACUAUUAUUACAUUUCUAUUGGCUAGUUUAGAGCAGCCAGAAUUGAAUUGAGCUUGCUGAAAGCAAGCUCAAUUCAUGCAAUAUCUAUUUCUUUUAUUUUUGUUUUUUAUGACUAUUUUUAAGGAUUAAUGACUUGCGCUUUUUCUUCUUUUAUGUCAAUUGUCAAGGCCAGAAGCACUACUUUUUGACUUUGGCAGACUAUUGUAAAAUAUGCACUUUAUUUGA